GAUCAGCGACAAUGUGUCAGUUGAUGUCGUACGCGGCGUAAGACAUGCGUCAAAGUUAGCGGGCCAGUCCAAGGACUACGUUGGUUGCAGAUUAUAUGAGGAAGCCACAUGUCUUACCUGCAAACUACAAGAUGCAGGAAGGUUUGCCCUCUGGUUGAAAGUACAGCCUACCAUACUGCUGCAGUUUACUCGAACUGCAAACGUUCCUGCAUUUUAGAACUCACUAUGGGGCUAAGUCCAGCAGUGUUGCAGAACGAUGUCAUAAAGGUGUGGGAGAAGCAGUAUCAUUUGCCUCAAGAGGUCGACGGCGAUUCUCGAACCCACAAAAACCUAGUUCACCUUUACCGGCCUCCAAGCUCAGAUUCGCCAGGCAUUCUGGUAGCCUGCGCCGUGAUUGGCUGCUGGGCUUCGCUUUUCAUCCAUGCGUUGUGGUUUAUCAAGCUUCCGUGGGCAAGCGAGCAGCCUAGCUCGUGGCUGCAUAUUAUAGCGGUGUUUUUCUCGUUAGAGUUCCUCUAUACGGGGCUCUUUAUCACGACCCAUGACGCAAUGCACGGGACCAUCGCGCUACGCAAUCGACGCCUCAAUGACUUCCUGGGCUGGCUGGCCAUCAGCUUGUACGCAUGGUUUGACUACUCCAUCCUGCACCGCAAGCACUGGGAGCACCACAACCACACGGGCGUUCCGUCGCUGGAUCCAGAUUUCCACCACGGCAACCCGAACAUGCUGCUGUGGUUCGGACAGUUUAUGUGGUCGUAUAUGACCGUGACUCAGUUCAUCAAGAUUGCUGCCUGGUCCAACGUGUUGCUGCUGCUGGGGACGCCCCUGGCCAACCAGCUGGUGUUCAUGACGGUGGCGCCGCUGCUGUCCGCAUUCCGCCUCUUCUACUACGGCACAUAUGUUCCACACCACCCGCCCAUGGGUCACUUGGGCCCUAUGCCCUGGCAGGUAUCCCGCUCCUCCACCGCCCCCGCACUGAUGUCCUUCCUCACCUGCUACCAUUUCGACAUGCACUGGGAGCACCACCGGUGGCCCUAUGCGCCCUGGUGGCAACUGCCUGUGUGCAGAGACCUGGUCAGGCGGGCCACCGCUGCAUCCUCUGCCCUGUACGGCGGCGCAGGCGUCACGACCAACCCGCGGGACAUUGCUCGGGAUAAGAAGCAUCCGCAUAAGACACAGCACAGAAGGGAGGGUCUGGACCCCCCGGGAGCACCGCCAGGGGCUGCGGCAGCAGCUGCCGUGGUCGCAGCGCGGUGAGAGGGGGCCCACAGAGUAACGCUGCAGGAUGUGCAGGGGGGAAGAGCGGUGACGGCGAUGUACAUGCUGCCCCGCAGGUGGGCAGGGGCUCUGUCCUGGGCUUCUGUGAGCAUUGCCCUGGAUGUGUGACUGUACAGCAUCGGGAUUU